AUGGCCGCUGCCAGGACUCUUCGCAUCGGUCUCAUCCCCGGUGACGGUAUCGGACGGGAAGUCAUUCCGGCUGGCCGUCGGGUCCUCGAAUCCCUUCCCUCGUCGCUGAACCUCAAGUUCAGUUUCGUUGAGUUGGACGCCGGUUACGACCACUUCAAGAGCACCGGUACCGCUCUCCCCGACAAGACCGUGGAUGUCCUGAAGAAGGAAUGUGACGGUGCUCUGUUUGGAGCUGUCAGCUCCCCCAGCACCAAAGUCGCCGGCUACUCCUCGCCCAUCGUCGCCCUCCGCAAGAAGCUCGACCUCUACGCCAACGUUCGCCCCGUCAAGACCACCUCCGGCGAAAGCGGCCGCGACCCCAUCGACCUGGUCAUCGUCCGCGAGAACACCGAGGACCUCUACGUCAAGGAGGAAACCAGCAAGGACACUCCCAACGGCAAGGUUGCCGAGGCUAUCAAGCGUAUCUCCGAGAGCGCCUCGUCGCGCAUCUCCACCAUCGCUGGUGAAAUCGCCCUGCGCCGCCAGAAGAUCCGCGACGUGGCCCCCGCCAACGCCACCCGCGCGCACCCCAUGCUGACCAUCACGCACAAGUCGAACGUGCUGUCGCAGACGGACGGUUUGUUCCGUGAGACCGCGCGCAAGGCCCUUGCUGCGGAGCGGUUUUCGUCGAUCCGCGUUGAGGAGCAAAUUGUCGACUCGAUGGUGUACAAACUCUUCCGCCAGCCCGAGUACUACGAUGUGAUUGUCGCUCCUAACCUGUACGGUGACAUUCUGUCUGACGGUGCUGCUGCUCUCGUUGGCAGUCUGGGUCUUGUGCCUAGUGCUAACGUUGGUGAUGGCUUUGCUAUUGGUGAGCCGUGCCACGGCAGUGCGCCUGACAUUGAGGGCAAGGGCAUUGCCAACCCCAUUGCUACCUUGCGCAGUGUUGCGCUGAUGCUUGAGUUCUUGGGCGAGGAGAACGCUGCUGCUAAGAUCUACACUGCUGUUGACGCCAAUCUGGACGAGGGCAAGUUCUUGUCGCCUGACAUGGGUGGCAAGGCUACCACCCAGGAGGUCAUGGAUGAUGUGCUGAAGAGAUUCUAA